AUGGUCAACGCCACCGACAUCUUCGCCGUCUUGGCGGGAACUUACACCCUUCUGAACACAUCCGCUACCAACAAUGGCGUUCCAGUUGAAGAUCGCGUCUACGGCUCCAACCCCGUCGGAAUCCUGACGUACAGCAAGUCCGGCUGGAUGUCCGCCACGAUCACAUCAACAGACCCCGAAGACCGCCCCGAAGGCCUCACAUUCCCCUACGAACUCAACCAAACAGAUGCCGACUGGGCGCAGGUCGGAAGACACUCCAUCGGAUACGCCGGCAAACUGCAGCUCAGCGACUUGAUCCCCGCGACCGCCACCUCUGGCCAGGUCAUCCACGGACCUUUGACGGUUGCGAACAUCCCGUCAAUGGUCGGAACCGAAGCCAGGCGGAACUACACUCUCUUCGAAGACGGAAAGAUUCUGCUUAUUGCCUCGCAAAGAGACGGUGGCAACCGAGGUGAACUGUGGUGGAGGAGGCUGGAUUGA